ACAUUUUUGGAUCAACUUUUAUGAUCAGAUCCAAACAUCUCAAAUCCUAAACUAAAACCCACAUAGAAAGAUCAGAGAAACCCACCCCGCCAUAUCCGAUAUCAGCUAUUAAAAACUCCCAAAGAUGUGGCCUAUAUAUCUUCUCUUCAACAAAUUUUCGGGAGCAAAAGAGAAAACUGUUCAAAGAUCAGGCAGGAGCAAAUUGAGGCUGAUUCGGCCCUUACCUUUUAUUCAGUCUCCAACCCAUAGGCUUUUGUCCCGGUCAGUUUCUAUCCAAGUCCAACACAUCAACCAACUACAUUCUUGGGAUUGUGGCCUUGCUUGUGUUGCAAUGGUUUUGAGAACUAUUGGCUUCAGUAAUUGUACUAUUGGGGAAUUGGAAGAGCUAUGUUGUACAAGAAGCAUUUGGACAGUUGAUCUAGCAUAUUUGUUGCAGAAAUAUUCAGCAGAUUUUUACUAUUUCACAGUCACGUUAGGAGCGAACCCAAAUUUUAAUGUGGAGUCAUUUUACAAGGAGCAAUUACCUACUGAUCUGCUACGUGUCAAUAUGUUGUUCCAAAAGGCACGUGAAGCUGGCAUCGAUGUUGAGUGCAGGUCAGUUAGUGCAGAAGAGAUCUCUUUAUUAAUAUUGUCAAGAAACUAUAUUGCAAUUGCUUUAGUUGACCAAUGCAAGUUAAGUCAUUCUUGGCUGGAGGACCUUUAUGUUUCAAGCUUUUGCAGUAACAAGCCCGGGUAUACAGGUCACUAUGUUGUCAUCUGUGGCUAUGAUUCAGACACAGACACAUUUGAGAUCCGAGAUCCAGCAAGCUCACAGGAAUACGAAAGGGUAAGUUCAAGGUGUCUAGAAGAGGCUCGCAAAGCCUUCGGAACCGAUGAGGAUUUACUACUGAUACGUCUGACUGAAGAGAACCCAAACAACCUCUGAAGUCAUUGUUAACUUCACAUCAUUGCUUAUUCAGCAUGCUAUGUGUGCCACCCGGGCGCUUAUCGUUCAUACAUACAUACAUACAUAUAUACAUAUACGUGGUGGUUCUUGCUACAUUGGUCACGCACGGCUUGGUUUGCUUGAGAGUCACUCACCUUGUAGUAGUAAGACCCACCAAACUGUUGUAUUAGUCACUGGAAAACCAAAAAAAUGUGGAUUGUAUGGAACAAGUAUACACUGUAUAGUACUCCAUAUUUCUACUUCAUCAUUAUAGAUAUUCUUGAAUAAAAGUCUUUUAGUGUC